AUGCCAAGCGCAACAUCGCCGCCGCCGGGUCCUGACCCCACCCUUCACCUCCCGCGUAUCCUCUGCCUCCACGGCGGCGGCGUCAACGCCUCCGUCUUUAAGGUCCAGUGCCGCGCCCUCAUCUCCCGCCUCAAGAACAGCUUCCGUCUUGUCUUCGUCGACGGACCUUUCAUGUGCGCCCCGCACCACGACAUCGUCUCCGUCUACGGCGACUAUGGCCCCUUCCGCCGCUGGCUGCGUUGGCUUCCCGAGCACCAGGCCGUAGACGCCGAGACGGCGUCCGCCGAGAUCCACUUCCAGCUGCGUAUGGCAAUGGACGACGACGACGCUAUCGGCGCGACGGGGGAGUGGGUGGGAUUACUGGGAUUCAGCCAGGGUGCCAAAAUCAGUGCCAGCUUGAUGUACACACAACAACAGCUGAAGAAGAAGUACGGCAAGCGCAUCACAUCGGCGGGCGGCUCUGCAGACUGGAAGUUUGGCGUGCUGCUCGCGGGCAGGGCACCGUUGAUUGUGCUUGACGACAGGUUAGAGGUGCCGCAGGGUGUUGGCGAUGCAGCCGAGGCGAGCGUCGAGUUCCACGACUGGCCGACGGGCUCUGGGACAGAUCAUGUCUUGAAGCUGCCGACUAUUCACGUCCACGGCAUGAAGGAUGCUGGAUUGGACCAUCACCGGGUGCUGUUGAAGCAGUACUGCCAGCCGGGGACGACGCGGCUGGUCGAGUGGGAUGGAGCUCAUCGCGUACCCAUCAAGACGUGGGACGUGGAGGCGGUUGCGACACAGAUCCUCGAUCUCGGGAGAGAUCUGGGGAUCGUGACGGAGGAGAUUAUGGUAUAG